AUGGAGAGCCGCAAGGGCUCCUCGUCCUCUUCCCCCGCUGACUACGAGUAUUACAUCCACUACACGGAGUGUGCUAGACGGGUAGUCACUGUGAGAACAGGAAUUGGGCUGUCAAGACAGCAACUAGGUGGUCUGCAUAAGCUUAUCCAACCUAUCAAGGACAAAUACCCAGGUAUCACUUACACGGAUUUGUUCCAAUUGGCGAGUACUACUGCAAUUGAGGAAGCUGGUGGCCCAAAAAUUCCAAUGAAAUACGGACGGAUGGAUGUCACAGCACCUGAGCAAUGUCCACCUGAGGGGAGGCUUCCUGAUGCUGGCCCACGUGAUCCUGCUGAACACCUUAGGGAGGUAUUCUAUAGAAUGGACCUCGAUGACAAGGAAAUCGUUGCAUUGUCUGGAGCACAUACACUUGGAAGAGCAAGGCCUGACCGGAGUGGCUGGGGAAAGCCAGAAACAAAAUAUACUAAUAAUCAGGCUGGUGAAGCGGAUCACUUUGGAGGAUGCUCAAGCGGAGUGGCGAUGAGUCUCCUGAAGAUGCACAAGCCACAAGGCAAUGCUUAUACUUCUUUUAGUCGGUAGUUGAAUCAGUAGAUAAGAUUCAAUUGUUUUCCACUACUUGUCUUUACAAUAUUUGAUUCAGUGCAUGUCCAGCUAGAUUUGUAUGGUGCCUACUAAGGUGGUACUUAUUUUAGUGUUUUAAGCCGACUAUGGUGAUUAUUCUAAUGCACAGACAUUACUGGAUGUGUGCGCUAAAAUAAGAUCUUAACUUUGUAUGAGGACUGCAUUUGUAAUGUAUACAGUGGAUAAAACAUGUGUA